AUGUCGAGCGAUCAGUCUUUGGCAACUUUUAUUCUCGGUGGAAAACAACAAGCAUUUACGAGUUACAAGGAAACACAGAGUUUGGUCCUCAACAAGGCCACCGUUGUCACCAAUGAGAGGGAUGGUGGUGAAUUUGCUCUGGUUGAGCUGACCGAUGGACACCAUUGGGUACCUGCGAUCGCAUCGAUACCAGUAUUGGAAGAUGGUUUGGGUGGGCAGGAUUUCAUUAGCCAGCUCGAUGCAUUACGAAAUACGACGAUGGUACUCAAUGACACGGUGAUUGGGGUCCACAAACGCCAAGAUGCAUUCGGCAUACAUUUGAUGAUCCUUGGAUGUACCUUUACUCGCACAACGGCAUCAUUUGAAUCCAUCGACCCUGACGACAUUUCUUUUGAGCCAUCCGUAAGUCAAUGGUUGAUCGAUCUACGGAAAACUUUUACCGGCACGCCGGAUAGCGAAUGGUUUUGCAAUCUCUUCCCAGAUUCCGCUACUGAUGAAUAUGAGGAGAUCUUGAACGAAUAUUGUAUUGUGCAUGGGGAUCUUGAGAAAAUCUUGUUGAUGCAAUAUGGUGAACUGCCGGCCUUGCAUUUACGAGCUGAGAAGGAAGAGAAUGGAUCAAAAGGCAUCAAACGACAACGAUCAGCGAUGAAUGAAGAAGAUCCAACGCCGAUGAAACAGCCAUCGACUAUUGCAGAAAGCAGCACAACACACAAGCGUCAACGACAUACAAGUCCAAAGGCACCUGUGGAACCCAACAAGCUAGCGAGAUUGGAACAAUCAGAUGUCACUCUCAAGAAUGCGAAUGCUGCGGUAAUGGAAUUAUGGAACAAACCCCUGAGUAUACGUGAACUACACAAAAGAGAUAGAGGAAAUCAGGUCAAACCUGCAGAAGACACGCCGAGCAUUACUGUGAACAAUGAUCGACCAUCAUCACCACCACAACCACCACCACCAGCAGCGACGUCAACAUCUACAGCUCCCAAAACCGAUAAUACACCUACUCCCAUCACUGAUACUACACCUGCUCCCAUGACCGAUAUUACACCCACGCACACAACUACCGAAGAUAUUCAAAAGGAAGACGCAAAAGCACAGCCAUCAUUACCAGACGUCAAUAAGGAUGAUAAUGCAGCAACUCUAAACGACGACGAGGGCGAUGAUGAUGAUGAUGAAGCCCAAUUUUAUGAACCAAUGCCAGAGGAUCCAUCCGCCCAAAAGUCACUUUUACGAUCAUUAUACGUUUCAAUGGCUAAAAAAUUCAACAUACCAUCACCCACAUGA